UAUUUUUCUUAUAGGCCUACUUUUCCCCCUUUUGAGUGCUAUUGAAGGUAUUAUAUGGUUGUUUGGAAGUCCGAAAAAUUUCUCACAAUCCGCUUUAAUACUUUUUUUCACCACGAAGGGGGGGGGGUAAUUCAAUAAGACCACCCCCUGCCAAAAUGUUUUAGGGAUAGAUACCCUAUUCCUCCGGGAUUUACACCCAUGGCGACUGGAGUUAAUGAGCCUUUCGUCUCAAAGCCUCACUGAAAGGGCCUGAGAGACACUCAUCAACUACAAAUAUAAGUUUCUUUAAGCUCAACUGGUGCUUUUUUGGGAAAUAUUUUCGGUGAUUAGAAGGGAGAAUGUUUCCUUUCGUUUUCAGUAAAUCUUGGUGCCUUCUCAAAAUAGCUUGAUGUCGGUUGGCCUGUUGGACCUCUUUUCAGGACAACCAAAAAUGUUGACAUGUUCGGAACGAUGGGGUAUAUAGACUCUUGUACGAGUGGUGUUUUAAAUUUAUCGCAGAGGGUGAAGGGCGCAUUAAUGAGCUUUCUGGCUGGACUGGCUUCCAGCCGUUUUCAACUUCCUGCAUAACAACUAUGUGCGAAUACCUCCAUAAGUUCGUCUUUAGAGUGAUAACUCUUAAGUGCCGAUUUAGAGGGGCCUAUCAACACCAUCUUUUGGAUAUGGGCCAACAGCGAACUUGAACCAGCGAAAUACCAGUCAACUCAUUAACACAGGUUUUUUUUUCAUUAUGCAUGCCACUCCAAGAGAUAUUACCAGAAAAGGAAUGAAAAGAAAACAUGGAAUGAGGUGUGCAGUUUUUUGUUGGCCCCAAAACUACACAUUUUCCUCCAGCGGUCGGUAUUCUCGUGCAGCUAUGAGCAGAGUUUGGCUGCCAUUAUUCUCAUCAGCCCUUUUGACCUUGUAUGCCGUCAUGCAUGCGAGCGGGGAAAACCAUUUUGUGAUUGCAAAACCACUGAAAGUACCACUCAGAAUCACUUUGCACGCAACGUCGGCACGAAGUGCCUUAUCCAGAUGACGAGGACCUGUAUAUUGAAGUGCCCGAGAGACGUGGACUUGAACCCGCCGCACACAGCCAACGGAUCAUUACGCUUUCCAUCUUCGGAUGCGCUUUGAAAAACCAUAAUGGCAUCUGGUUCGAUUCAUCGUCGUGACCUGCAUCUCAUCAUGGUGGUCACAGUGACGGUUCUUAGGACCUGUGCACCUUGCCCGAGUGUCUGUGAUUGCCAACGUUACAGCACCCAAAAAGGAAUAGACUGCGAUGGUAAAGAUCUGGACACAGUCCCCGCUGGAAUACCUGCCGACACUCGUUUCCUUCGGCUGGAACACAACAGACUGACCAGGCUGCCAGCUGAUGUCUUCUCUGGGCUCUCGCUGCUCAUUCAACUGACACUCUACAACAAUCAGAUAGCUGAUAUUGAAGAUGGCGCUUUUCGUGACCUGGUGAGGCUGAGAAAGUUACAUCUUGAAAGUAACAACAUCAGCCUGUUAACUAACCAUACAUUCGAGGGGGUCCCCAACUUGGAAGAGUUGAUCCUGCGAAACAAUCGCCUCUCGUCUUUACCCAGUGGUGUUUUCAGUCAGGUACAUUCACUAGUGGAGCUGGAUCUCGCUCAUAAUGGCAUCAGAGAUUUCCCAACCGAUGUCUCCCAAGACUUACGCAACGUCCAGAUGCUGGACCUAUCUUCCAACCCGGCUGGCCUGAUUUCGACGGCUAUCUUCGAGCAUAUGGUGGCGUUGCAACAAAUUAAGCUUAGCUCUCUUAUUGGAAUAAGUGAGAUAGAUCUUUCUGGAUUGGCAUUUGAUGGAUUAGGAAAUCUCGUGACAUUAAACCUCGAUGGCAAUCACUUGAACAAAGUCCCCACUGCAAUCAGGUCUCUUUCCAACUUGACUUCCCUCGAUAUUCACUCCAAUGCCAUCGAAAUGCUGAAUGCGGAUGAUUUUUAUCAUCCCUCCCUUUUGGAAUAUCUCAAUCUCAAUGAUAACCAGCUGACGGAGAUACCUACCGCGGCAUUGGCACAGUUGCCACAUCUGACCACUGUGUUCUUGGACGGCAAUCCAAUCUCGGUGAUCUCAGCCAGGGCAUUCUGGCACAACCCUCGCCUGUCCAUCCUAUCCCUAGCUGACACCAAUCUAACAACAAUCGACGCUGAUGCCUUUACUGGACUUAGUCAGCUUGGUACUCUUUACUUGCAAGGCAACAACUUGACUACCAUAGUGAACGGAGCAAUGAAUAGUGUCAACCCCAAUGUAUAUCUGCUGUUGACUGGCAAUCCUCUCCGCUGUGACUGCAACCUGCGUGAAUUUGCAGCGUGGCUGAAGAACAAUCAUACUGGAACACUAAGUGGAGGUAGUUCUCUUAAAUGUGCUACACCUGACCGUUUGAGAAGUUCCCCGCUGGAUGAUCUUAAUCCCAAUCAAUUUGCAUGCGAACCACGUACAACUUUCCCCACAACAAAAGUUAUCUCGGUCUUCAUGGGUAAGGAAGUCCUUUUACCGUGCGAGAUAGAGGCCGAUCCAGUGGUGGAUAUCUUCUGGAUAACCAGCAGUCAUGCAACAGUCCAUCCAGACCAGCCUCAGCCACCGUUCGCUUUGGCUGAUAAUGGUUCCCUAUUUGUAAGCACCGUCAACCUCAUUCAUGAGGGACUCUACACAUGCGUGGUCAGCAAUGAUGCUGGAGAAGUUCGAAAUUCUGUCAAGCUUCGCGUACUGCGCUUACCUGAUUUGGGAAGUAGGCAAACUCCAACCAUAGAGCAUGGAACACACACUCCAACUGAUUCAAGUGACAGGUUGAACACAUCAGCCACCAUGAUCGUCGGUGUUGUCUUUUCCGUCGCAGUAGUGUUUGUUGUAGUUAUCGUGGGGGUGAGUAUCUAUAGGAAAAGGCGUCGGAAGGCAGCUACGGAAUACUGGGAAUCGUCCACAAGAACAUUUGAUUCAGAGGAUGAGUUCAACGAACUUGGCUACCAAAGUGGAGGUUCAUUACCGAGUGGUAAUGCCCCUGAGCCUCCACAAAGGCCUGGUGCAGGAAAUUUGACUGGGCCCGCAGGAGUUACUUAUGUUAACGAAAGUCUGUCUGAAUCAUUAAGCCUUGAUGAAAGUUACGAAACACGUAUCACUCCAAACGAAGAAGCUCAGUGGCCUCUUUACGAAGAAAUUGAGGACUCCAGAGACGAUGAGAACUCAGAAGCAUCAUUGAAGCCCCAAGAUAAUACUGACGUUGAUCAACAGGGCCAUCAACACGAAGAGCUCGCAGCCAGUGUUAAACAGCAGCGUCCGGGCCUUGAUGCAGUGGCUGACGUCCAACAACAGCAUCCGGACCGUAGCCCAGCAGCCAAAUUGCAACAACAGCAUCCAGACGGUUGGCAAGCAGCGAACGUUCAGCAGCAUCCGGACGGUGGGCCGAUGAACGAUUAUGGCUUUGUGGAAAAUAUGAAACCAUCUCCAGACAAACGCGUUCAAACCAUGCCUUUGUCAACUGUUAUUCCUCCGAGUCGACCCUUUAGUUUAAGUCUUCUCAUGACGGGACUGUUGAUUUUCUCACAAGGAACGCAUUCGAUUUGCCCAAGCGUGUGCCGUUGUAAUUCCUACGUAACAGUUCGAUGUGGAUAUCAGAGCCUGACAGCGAUUCCCGUUGGGCUCCCCAGCGAUGCACGCAUCCUCUAUUUGGAAUACAACCAGCUCACAAAGUUGGCAGCCGGCGACUUCUCAGACUUUUCCCAGCUUCAGGAAAUAUAUCUCUACAACAAUCGCAUCAGUGAGAUAGAGGAUUACGCCUUUCGUGGUCUGAGGAGCUUGAGAAAGUUACGUCUCGGGAGCAACAACAUCAGCACGCUCACCAACCGUACUUUUGAGGGGAUCCCGAACUUGGAAGAGUUGAAUCUGCGAAACAAUCGCCUCUCAUCUUUACCAAGUGGCGUCUUCAGUCCGAUCCCUCAACUUCUGAAGCUGGAUCUCGCUGUUAACAGCAUUGGGGAACUUCUAACCGACUCCUCUCCAGACCUACGCAACGUCCGGAUGCUAGACCUAUCGUCCAAUCCAGCCAGUCUGAUUUCAAUGACUGUCUUUGAACACAUGGUGGCGUUGGAAGUUCUUAAGCUGAACUACCUUAAUGGGAUAAAUAGUGCGUUCCUCAAUGGUCUAUUUGGUUUGGCAUUUGACAGAUUGACAAAUCUUUUGACACUAGAACUUGUUGGCAAUCAGUUUAACAGUAUCCCUUCGGCAAUCAAGUCUCUUCCCAACUUGACUUCAGUCAGUUUGCAGUUGAACUCCAUUGAGACGAUUAAUGCUGAUGAUUUUCAUCAGCCCUCGUUUCUUCAAUUUCUCAAUCUUGAUGAUAACAAACUUACAGAUAUACCUACCGCUGCAUUGGCACAGUUGCCAUAUCUGACUGAUUUGUAUGUAGACUACAACCCCAUCUCGAUGAUCCCCGCCCAGGCAUUCUUUCACAACCCUCGGCUGUCUAUCCUGUCUGUGGCCUACACUAAUCUAACGACAAUCGAGGAGGAUGCCUUUGCUGGACUCACUCAACUUAGCACUCUGUUCUUGCAAGGCAACAAUUUGACAACCGUAGUGAAUGGAGCAAUGAAGAGUGUCAAAUCGAAUGUUAAUCUGCAGUUCUCUGGCAAUCCUCUCCGCUGUGACUGCAACCUGCGCGGGUUUGCAACGUGGCUGAAGAACAACCAUACUGGAACUCUCAAUGGAGGUAGAUCUCUCGACUGUGUUACACCUGACCGUUUAAGGGGUGUAUCAGUGAAGGGGCUUCAUCACAAUCAGUUUGCUUGCACACCUCGUUCAACCUCAGCCUCCCCCACAACAAAAGUUAUCUCCAUUCCACUGGACGAGGAGGUCUUUUUACCGUGUGAUAUAGAAGCGGAUCCCAGACAGGUUAUCUUUUGGAUAACCAAAAAUCAUGCAAGCAUCUCCCCAGACCAGCCUCAGCCGCCAUUCGCCAUUGCUGGCAACGAUUUAUUGAUAACCAAUGUCAGCUUUGCACAUGAAGGACUGUACACGUGCGUGGUGAGCAAUGAUGCCGGGGAGGCUCGACACACCGUCAUCCUUCAGGUAGCCUCCACUCCCACGGUAGUUGGGUCCACCAUCCGUAUUAGAUCAGAGCCCACUUCCCCGACAGUCGGAGACGGUAUGAAAAUCACGGUCGCAUCGACUGGCCGAAAAGCAGAGACCCGCCAACCCAAUGGGCUGAUGUUUGGUGUCACUGGAGCUGUCUUGGCCAUCGUGGUAGUGGCAGUCAUCAUAGCCGUUGUGGUCGUCAGGCAAAGGAAACACAGCCCAAAGCCCUACAAACGCGACAUCCCACUACCACCAAUACCACCGAUGGCGAGUGCUGGACAGCUUAAUACCCCACUCGAUCUUUGCAGCGCAGAUGAGGGCGCGUACGCCGAGAUUCCCGCUGAUCGCAUCUCCUUCUGCGAGGCCAGUGGUUACUCCACACGUAUUAAUGAACCCGGGUCGGAUCACCCUCCUUCCACGAUUGAGCACACCUACCUGAGCAGCAUCAAAGACAACAGUCACUCUAAAUGUGACCCAGAGCUUAAGGAUAAACCGCUUACGGUAACGCUCCCCGAGGAACGCUACUCUUCGCUACCCUCAUCAUCAUCAGCAGCAGGAGCAGAUGACGGCUACUUGUUUAUGAAGUCUUUAUCGAAGUGAAGAUAGAGCGAACACUUUUAGAAUUUACCUUUAGAUCCAAACACCGCCUAGUUAUCUGUUGGAUCAAACAGGACAUGCUUUAAAAACAAACAAACAAAUUGGGAUUAAUCGACAAAAUGUCAUAGGGCCUAUCUGGAGUCCAACAUGUGGUAUUUUCUUGAUCGAAAUUUUAAAUAGAAACAUGAGUUUGUUGAAGCUUAGAAGAAAACAGUUGUCAAUGAGAACCGAACGUGACUUUGUUCUGAGACUUUCUGACUCACACCUCCUCGCACUUUUCAGUGAAAUUACCGUACGCAGAGUCUUUUGGAUUGGGAGUGGUCGGGGUUCAAGCAAAUAUUUUAGGACAUCAACGUGAAGAGUAUCCGUUAAGCUUCCUCAAAGUUCACACCUUUUGCAGAAAAAACUCGUCAUACUGUUCAAAACCUAGGUAACCAAAAAACUGCAGGUCAGGUUUUAUGUCCAAAGAAUUUCAGUCCUAAAAGUUCACAUUGUGAUAGUGCAUGGUUGUAAUUUUGUACAGAUCUCCUUAGAGGCAUUUCAGAAACAAAGUUAGACAAGAAGCCAUCAUGCUGACAAUGGAAACUUCUUGCUGCAAACAAAGCCACGUGCGGUGGGGAAUGGUGGCUUUUCAGUUCUUUUUUUAAGUGAGCAUGCUAUUUCCAGACCAUAGGACGGAGUCGCUUUAAGUCCCCGGUAAGGAGCUGAGAUGCGUAGUUGAUCAUAGACAAUACCGUGUCGCUGUAAAUAACAUGAUUGCAGUGUGCCCAAAUCCAUUUCUUUUUCCUCUUUCUCUUUUUUUUGGGGGGGGGUCAUUUGAGGACACCGUCUAUUUUGUUUUACCAUAUGUAACCGUAGUUUCUGCCUGUAGAUAGUUGAAACUGACACUAUUUGGUUAGAAAGCUUUGGUGCUCUUUUCCCGUGUUGAUUGUUGUAGUUAAUGUAGCCAUGAUUUCAAUGAGUUUGUAUGUUGUACAUAUUUUACUGAUAAUCUAUAAUGGGUAUGAGUAAUCUACAUUGGAUAAUUUUUUGUAUCCGUCAUCACUGACAUUCUGCACUAUGUAGUGUGUAUUGUUUGCCUUUCAGCUUUUAUCGAAUGAGAUAAUGUUGCACGGGACAUUUUCCCAUUGGUCGAGACUAACGUAGCAAGACGGUAACUGCAUAGAGGUUGAACUGUAAUCUUGUGUUGAUUGAUGAUCUGUGAUUCUACUAUGGAAUUUUAUUUAGGAUAUGCCAUGUUGCCUUUUGAUAUGGAUAUGGCCUAGUUUUGAUCUGGUUCCAUUUUCAUAGCUCUGCUAUUAUUGCUUAUAUUAAACUUACGUGCCUAGCAUAAUGUAGUUGAAAAACAGCCCCUAGGAUAACGAUGUAUGAUUUUUUGCCUGCAGUGGUAAUCAACUCUUGCAGAAUAAAAAUUUUCUCUGUUUGUACGCACAAACGUACCUGCGUACUUGGCCUGUCUUAAACGUUCAUUUUAGACUGGCCAAGCACAUAUUUAUUCAUUUAUUUGAAAUUCUUCAAUUUAAAAACUGGAUCGAGUCAGAUAUAUACUUAAUAUAGUAAUAAUGCUGUUGCAAAAUAUGAAGAUCGUGCAUUCAUGUGAACCACUUUUGUUUGAAAGUAAAAUGCAAGGUUGCAUCAAGUUACAUGAUGUAUACAUUGUAACCAAAUCAUACAUACAUUAGAAGUUCUGCUGCACCAAAACCAGAAUGCAACUUUGUGUUUCAAACAAAAGUGGUUCACAUGAAUGCACGAUCUUCAUAAUUUAUUUUGAACCAACUCAUUGCUGUUAGCGAUGCUAAAGGUCGUAGGGGGCCAAUUUCACCAUCAGUGGCCUUGUUAGGCAAGGAAAUCUCUGACAUAGGAAUAUCAUUUCAUAUGUAAAGCCCCCCCCCCCCAUCUGCUGCCGAAACAAGGCCUUUUGACGUGGUCGACCGUGUGCAGACAUGUUCAAGUUGCUUGUUAUUCUAUGAUCACAAUGGCCAUUUCCAACGGUUUGCAAACAAAGAAACUGAAACCGAAAGCCCGGGACUCCAAUUUGUGAAGGCCAAGGUGAACACAAAUUCCGACACUCUUGGGACUUUCCACAUUUUCGCAACUUACUGUGCAUGCAGUGAGUGUUGGAAUUUCCCUCUAAUUUCCCCUUUGCAUAGCUUCAGGGUUUGGAGAAAUAGGCCUAACCUGUGCGUAUUGUCUGACGCUCGUCAUCAGAUCACAUAAGGCUGGUAAAUUUUAAACUUCACGGUAAGCCUUGUGGUUCUCCAAGCUAGACGUAUUUUGUGUAGGGAGAUAAAGCAGGACAACUUUAUACGUUCAUUUCUGCUCGAGAUACAUGUAGUCACUUCGUGUUGAAGUUCAAGUUGGUUUGUGCAUGUACAUAAAAACAUGGAAACGAGACUUCAAAACAAAAUUAACAACAAAUCCGAAAAUCGAUGGACAAGUUGGCCUGUUCUUUAUUAUUUUUCAACGCAUUCAACUACAGGCCAUUAUUAACGACUUUGAAACUCCCAGGAGGAUGUAAUAAAGUUUAUAUAUACAACCAGCAAAGUAAAUAAUACAAAUGUAGAUGUACUCCUAGUAUAGCUGAAUGGCUGGACCAUUAAAUGUAUUUGAAUUAAAAGAAA